AUGUUUGAGGAAAUCACUGAUUAUUUAAAGAAAUCCUUUGUGAUAAUUGCUCCUCAGAAAUCACCCUGUCCACAUUCUCUAACUACUGCUAAAUAUAAUGUUAAAUGCCCAGCCACUAAAAGGGAAUGGGGUGAAAGAGAAAAAAUAUCCAACUGUGAACAGUACGAACAGAACUGCACUGUAGCUGAAAAAUACAGAUACCAUUGUGUCCUAAAUGCAAUAGGUAAUGGUACCGUCGAACUGUGUGCACCUGUUGUAGACAUAAUAGGUGGACAGUGUACAGAAUUCACAGUUGGAGGCCAAUUUCUCCAGGAACAUACUGAAAAAAAAUGCAAGAGUUGUCCUUUCAAGUAUAUCUCCUCCAAUGUUUAUAAAUAUAAAGAAUGCUUCCAACUUAAGAAAGAAGAAAAGCAAGCUUCACAUGCAGGAAUUAAUAAAAAUGUUCAUAAAUCAACACUUACUGCCAGCAAACGUAUUCAAUUUUCUACAACUCCAAGCAGUGAAGGGUUUUUCAGCAUGAAGGGCGAUAAACCAGUUACACAAAUAAAGGACAACAGAGUUCAUAGCGAGGAGCAACUUGAAGAUCCCUUGAUUAUCUUCAUAGUCACUGCCGUCGUGUUCUUCUUGAUACUACUGAUUGUUGUUGUUUUAUUUAUUAAACUUCAAGCUAUAAAGCGAACUACGUCGUUAAUGGAAAAAAGAAUUAACACAGAGGCAUCAGAUGUCAAAAUAUUUGAAGGAAACAAAUCGACGAUUUAG